CAGGGCGCAGGGCCCGGGGCCGGGGCGGCGUGCGCGUGCGUGUAUGCGUGAGCGCGCGUGCGCGGCGCCGCUGUCUGUGGGUUGGCUGGUUAUUUUGCAAGCGGGAGGGGCCGUGCGCGCUCCUGCUCGGCUUCUGUCCCCUAUUCCCCCCCCCUCCCCUGGUCCCAGUCUCUCCUUCGUAAAGAUGUCUGACACAGCAGUAGCUGACACUCGGCGCCUUAACUCGAAGCCACAGGACCUGACCGACGCUUACGGGCCGCCGAGUAACUUCCUGGAGAUCGACAUCUUUAAUCCACAAACGGUGGGCGUGGGCCGCGCGCGCUUCACCACCUAUGAGGUUCGCAUGCGGACAAACCUACCAAUCUUCAAGCUGAAAGAGUCCUGUGUACGGAGGCGCUACAGUGAUUUUGAAUGGCUGAAAAAUGAGUUGGAGCGAGAUAGUAAGAUUGUAGUACCACCACUGCCUGGAAAAGCCUUGAAGCGGCAGCUCCCUUUUCGAGGAGAUGAAGGGAUCUUUGAAGAAUCUUUCAUUGAAGAAAGGAGGCAGGGCCUUGAGCAGUUUAUUAACAAAAUUGCUGGGCACCCACUGGCUCAAAAUGAACGCUGCCUACACAUGUUCCUGCAGGAGGAGGCAAUUGACAGGAACUACGUCCCUGGGAAGGUGCGCCAAUAGGAGCCCCUCUCAUCACCUACUCUCUACUUUCCUGCUGAGAUGACAUUGGUUUUUACACUAAGCCUCUCUCUCUUUGAUCUGAAGUUGGCUGCCCAUCCCCUGGCCUGAUAGACUUGUCUGCCAUUGUACCCCUUGGUACCUCUUGACUACACCUUGUAGGCAUUCUGUAAGGAUCUUCUCUGUGGAGAAGUAGGAAAUCACAGACAGAUACCCUUUGCUUGGGGGUGGGUGGGUGGGUGGGGUUGGACUGGAAGACAAUUUCUUGGGCAUUUACCCAUGCCAAGGCAAACCUUAUGUAUGUGGGGGCUCAUGCUGGUAACACUUGGAUACAUACUGAUGCUACAAGUCCAGGGGAUUUUCCUUCUUAGGUUUAACCAGGAACACUGGGUGGGGAAACACCCUGCCCUUCCUACCUGCAUGAACUUUUUGUUUUUGGGGAAAAUGGUAGAGAUCCAGAAGCUCUCCAUCUUUUCUCUAGGCCCACUCCCAGUUUUCUCAACAGUUUCUUUUAUCAUUUUUAUCAAAAAGCUCCCUUGUUGCUUUCCAUGGCAGUAAUCAUCCCAGAGUCUAAGCAAUCUGUUGUGUAAAGCAAAGUGUGGGUUUUCUGGGCCAAUCUUCAUGGCUGCUACAGAGUCAGAAGAAAGCCAUAGGGAGUAGGAGAGCUCUUGCUGCCUAGCCCUGCCCCUUUCUUUAUGGCUCUAUACUAUGACUGCCUAUUUUUGCUUACCAGCAGGUAGGUCAGUAUGGGCCAGCAAUUUUCCCAUCCCAAGCCUUUGCUACUUUAUGAGUUAGCUUUGUAGGUUUGUUGGCUUAAAAGGUGGGGAUAACUCUCCACUGUCAAGUGACUCCUUGAAUGGUGGCAGUUGGUCAUAUUCUAGGUUCCUCCAGAUUGUAGGGAAGAAUAUUACCACUUUCUUUCUUUUAUUCUCCCUUCUGCAUCGCAUUUAGAGCUAUUCCAAGGGCCGAAGCACACAAACAAACCACAAGUCUCUGAUUUUUCCUAAGCACUUUGAGCUGUUGAAUGGGGUUCAGGGCCAUGGGUUGUCACUGCUCUCCCCAGCUUGGUCAUAGGGUUAUUGAACUGCCUGUGCUUGUUUCCCACGGAACUCCAGUGUUCUCCCCAGGGCUAGUGACUGGGAAUGAAUCUCCUAAAUUUUAGUCUAAAGUAGCUUCUUAUGGCUGAAAACUGUCCUGAACUUUUGUCUGGAAGGAAGUGUUUUUUUUUUUUUUGCUGGGGUUCACUGUUUCUUCUAAGUGGUAGGAUGAGACCAAGUUAACUCUGGUGCCCAGUGACAGUAGAGGCCCUAUGCUCAGAUCCCUAUCAUGAAAGGAUUAGAAUUUCCUAUAUAGAACCUUGGGGAAAUGAUAGCUGAUUUUGAUAUGACCCUGGUCAGAGAGGUUAGGAUUAGAUUUUGAUGAGUGGAACUCAUCUAAGUGUUGACAUACCUUGAGACAGAUGAGCUCUGUAGCUGCUGAGCUCUAUUUCCCACCUCACCAGUGUUGGUAUUGCUGCCUUUUUGAUUUGUAUCCUCUAUUAUAACCUUUUAUUUUAAAAAAAAUAUUUCUUCUUUCAUUGUGCACAAGUGCUGAGAGUCUGAGGCCCCAUUUCUGCUGUGUAUAUAUCCUGAUUCGGGGCUUUUAUUCAGCAAACUGUUCAUUCUUCUGUCAGGAAAUGUCACAUUCAAAUCUGUUCACAUUAAACCACUGUGAAGCAA